AUGAAGCUGCAUUACCUUGGCAUCAUCCGAAACGAAGGCAAGCCCUCUCACGAGCUGGUGUCUGAGAAAGAGCUCAGCUCCUACUCCCGCUUCACGAAAAACAACUAUGCAGAAUUCAUGACAGUCUUCGCCAAGACCGUGGCAGAAAGGACGAAGCCCGGACAACGACAGGACGUCGAAGAACAAGACCUCACCUUCCACGCUUACGCUCGAUCGGAGGGUGUCUGCGGAAUCAUCAUCUCUGAUCACGCGUACCCGGCCCUUGUGGCUCACCAGCUGCUCUCCAAGAUUAUCGAUGAGUUCCUCGAGGCCAACCCACGUUCCUCAUGGGUAACGGGUCAGCCCAAGAUUGUGAUGCCACAAUUGAAGGAGUACAUCGAUAAGUACCAAGACCCGCAUCAAGCCGACAACAUCCUGAAGAUCCAGAAGGAGCUGGAUGAGACCAAGAUCGUGCUUCACAAGACGAUUGAGAGCGUGCUGCAGCGAGGCGAGAAGAUCGACGACCUGGUCCAGAAGAGUGACGGAUUGAGUUCUCAGUCCAAGAUGUUCUACCAACAAGCAAAGAAGCAGAAUUCGUGCUGCUUGGUCAUGUAA